AUGGCUGCAACGGCGGCUGCUGGCACCCAGGCCGGGCUCGACGAGGAUGCGUACAGGGCGCUGUACGCGCGCCAGUACUUCGACCGCCUGCUCGAGGCCGGUGCGCGCCCGGACGGCAGAGCUCUAGGAGAGACACGCGCCCUCUCCGUGACGCACGGCACCGUCACGACCGCGGACAGCUCCGCCCUGGUCAGUCUGGGCGACACAACCGUCCUUGCCUGCGUUAAGCUUGAGGUUGCCGUGCCGUCCGACGCCGCGCCCGACUGCGGCCGCAUCGAGACCGCCGUCGAAGUCUCGCCCCUCGCGGCCCCGAACCUCCGGUCCCCGGCCGCGCCGCCGCUCGCCCACACCGUCACAGAGCACCUAGCGCGCCACGUCAACAGCAACGACUGCGUCGACGCGCGGGAGCUGUGCAUCGUGCCGAGGUCCGCGUGCUGGGUCCUGCGCCUCGACGUCAACGUGCUGGGCGCGGACGGCGGCGUGCGGGACGCGGCCCUGAUCGCGGCAGUCUCGGCUCUGAGGACCCUCCGCCUGCCGCCGGUGCAGCUGAACGAUGUGGGCAACGUUGAGGCGGACGGGGGCGGGGCCGGCCGCGCGCUGACGCUGGCGCGGUUGCCCGCGAGCGUGACGUGCGGCGUGUCGCGCGGGCGUGUCAUCGCGGACCUGACCGCGGAGGAGGAGGCCCUCGUGGACGGCGCCGUGUGCGUCACGCUGGCAGACGCGGACACGCUCCUGGGCAUCGAGAAGCUCGGCGAGGCGAACACGGUGGACAUGGUCGUCCUGUCGACCUGCGUGGACUUUGCGCGACGGCGGGCGGCGGAGGUGCAGGAUCUCGUGAUGGACGUGGAGGGCUGA